UCCCUGUGAGUAUACGGCUCAGAAAUGUUGUAAAUCGAAGACUGCAAGUUAGAAAUCCGAUCAAAAAACUUGUGAAAGUAAUUUACAAUUUCUCAGAGAAUUCCAAAUCCAAGAUCAUGAGCUGGUGGUGGGCCGGAGCUGUUGGCGCUGCUAAGAAAAAAUUCGAUGAAGAGGAACCGCCGCGAACUCCCCAGAGCGUGGGUCUCGUGAUUGGCGUCACCGGCAUCGUCGGCAACAGUCUCGCCGAGAUCCUUCCCCUCUCCGACACCCCUGGCGGCCCAUGGAAGGUCUACGGCGUCGCGCGCCGUCCCCGCCCCAACUGGAACGCCGACCACCCUGUCGAGUACAUCCAAUGCGACAUCUCCGAUCCCGACGAUGCCAAAACCAAGCUCUCUCCGAUAACCGACGUAACGCACAUUUUCUACGUCACAUGGACCAAUCGAUCCACCGAGGCAGAGAACUGCGAGGCUAACGCCGUUAUGCUGCGCAACGUUCUGAAUUCCGUUAUACCGAACGCACCGAAGCUCCAGCACGUGUGCCUCCAGACCGGGGCCAAACACUACGUCGGGCCGUUCGAGUUGUUCGGCAAGAUUCAACCUCACGAACCACCGUUUACGGAGGAUCUGCCCAGAUUGGACGCCCCGAAUUUCUACUACACCCUUGAGGACUUACUGUUUGCGGAGGUGGCGAAGAAGGAGAACUUGACUUGGUCGGUGCACCGACCCGAUGCGAUAUUCGGGUUUUCCCCUUACAGCAUGAUGAACAUCAUUGGCACGCUGUGCGUGUACGCCGCGAUAUGCAAGCACGAGGGGAGGCCACUGAAGUUUCCGGGAAGCAAAGCGGCGUGGAACUGUUACUCGGUGGCGUCGGAUGCGGAUCUGAUAGCAGAGCAGCACAUAUGGGCGGCGGUGGACCCGUAUGCGAAAAAUGAAGCGUUUAAUAUCAACAACGGGGAUGUGUUCAAGUGGAAGCAUUUCUGGAAGGUGCUGGCGGAGCAGUUUGGGAUAGAGGAGUACGGGAUUGAUGAGGGAGGCGGGAGGCUGAGCUUGGUGGAGCUGAUGAAGGGGAAGGAGAAGGUGUGGGAGGAGAUAGUGAGGGAGAACGAGCUGCAGCCGACGAAGCUGGCGGAGGUGGGAGUGUGGUGGUUUGUGGAUGUUUGGUUGAGCGGAGAAGGGUUGUUGUGCAGCAUGAACAAGAGUAAGGAGCAUGGGUUUUUGGGGUUUAGAAAUUCCAGGAAUUCGUUUGUUACUUGGAUUGAUAAGAUGAAGGCUUUCAAGAUUGUGCCGUGAUCGACUGAUGACUCUCUUGAAAUAAUUUUGUCCUCAAUGCGGUGAUGGUGGUGUUUGGGUUUUGGGGAUAUUUUGUUGUGAUUUUUCUUGCUCUUUUUCUACUUGAAUUCACAAUAAAUUAUACAAACUUACUUUGUUGUAUGGAAAAUUGAUAGAUAAAUGUGCUAUCGAGCCUCAUCA